UCUGCAAGUCUUAGACUACGUGACAAACUGUUGACAGUAAUGUCAAAAGCGACUUGAACUUUAAACCCCUCCAACGUAAUAUGACGAUAAGCCAAACUCCUAACCGUUGUAUAUAUAUUUGCCAACGGCUGGCCUGGGGUUCCGGAACGAAAUUUGUUAACUAAACAUGUAUUAUUGAGGCCUAUUAUUGGACUAACACCGUUUGCUAUCAUCAGACGAGGUAGAUAAAGCUGCAACCAUUCUUCAUUAUAAAUCAAUCUGCAGGUCCUGCAGAUUGAUAUAUAUAAUGCCAUGGCAGGACCGUUCUGGAAACCACUCUGAACGUAACGGAGUGCAUUUACCAGCAGCGUCAUUGAACUGAGAUAUAUCGUUCGAGGUUGAACUGCACCGUGCCAAAACUUCGAGAUCGAGCGACGAAAAAUUCAUUAAAUAACCGGUUUGGAAUCCUAGAUUUCUUCAAGUGGAAAACUGACGGAAUCUCCUGAAGGGAAGGUUAUCCACAGUUUUUACAGGUCAAUGAACUGUAUUCAUAUCGUCUGGCGUUCACUGGAUCUUAUUUUUUCACAAAAAUAUCGUCAUAAGUUCUAGUAUGUAAGCUGCUUUUUCUUAAAAUCAUAUUUUGAAAAGGCCGGACAAGGGAGGCUUGCAUAUACACAGAGGUAGUCAUUACAUUUGAGGCUGAUUGGGACGAGUGAAUAUGACGAAUAACAAUGUGGAAAACAUGUUUACUUACGAAGACUACGAGGGGAUGGCCGAGUGCCUGUUGUCAAGGCAACCACAUCGUCCGAGUAUUGGUAUCAUAUGCGGGUCUGGCUUGAUUGAUCUUGCCAACAAGCUGGAGGAACGCUACAACGUCCCAUUUGAGAAGGUGCCAAAGUUUCCAGCCUGUACAGUCGAAGAACAAAAGGGUGAGUUUUGCUUUGGAACUCUAAAAGGAAAGACAGUGGUGAUGAUGCGAGGACCAUUCCAUUUAUACGAGGGGUAUCCAGCAUGGAAGGUUGCAUCCCCUAUCCGUGUGAUGAAGGUGAUGGGCGUUCAUACGGUGAUCGUGACGAGUGCGAGCGGUGCUCUCAACCCCGUGUUCAACCUCGGCGACAUCAUGGUCAACAUCGACCACGUCGGCAUCCCAUCCCUCGCAGGGACAAACCCACUCGAUGGCAAAAACGAUGAAAGGUUCGGUUCGCGGUUUGUCGAUAUGAACAAGGUAUACGAUGAGAAGUUGCGCAUGUCGGCCCUGAGGGUCGCCGAGGAACUCCGCCUUGCCCCCUUCACCAAGCAGGGCGUUUACCUGAUGGUCGGGGGCCCCUCCUACCCGACUCCCGCUGAGGCUCGUUUUCUUCGCUCUCUGGGAGGAGAUGCCGUAGGAAUGAGCAUAGUACCGGAAGUGGUGGCUGCAAGGCAUUGCGGGAUGCGAGCACUGGGAUUAUCCUUGAUCACGGAUCUGGUGACCAUGGAUUACGGGGCUGCCGGCGUCGUCGCCCACGACGAGGACGUGUUGGAGACGGUGAAAUGGCGGGCGAUGGCCAUGAACGAUUUGGUCGUCGGCGUGGUAGAGAGGCUGGAUUGCGAAUGACCGGAUCAUCGAUUGCAGACUCUCACCAAAGCGAAAAAGGAUCGCGGUCGAUCUCGUCUGUGUGUUCAUUGUCCGCCUCGUUGUCAAACGGACUGAAACUUUCGACAACCAAUGGAGGGUUGAUCAAGAAAUUGAUUCAUGAAAGGACUUGUCGGAUGUUUUAUCGGAAUAAUAUUUAAUAUUUUAUCCGACAAUUACCCUAGAGGCUGUGCUUGUGAGCCAAUCAAGAAGCAAGGAGGCCCAACAACUUGUCGGACAAAAAAAAAUGUAAAUGAAAAGUGGGGCGGACCUGCCCCGUCGCAAAAGGAGCGAACUACCCCCUUAGGCAGCCAUCUUUCUUUUCUCUUGUUUAUUGCAACGACAUAUUAACAACAUAUUUUGAAGUAUCAAAGGCAUAUUUCAGUAGACAACUAUCACAUCUUUUUUUUAAUAUAUAUUGUGACUGCAUUCAUUAAUGUCUACUAAAAAUAAAAGAAAUUUGAAAUAAAAUAUGUUUUACAAAAUGGCCUCGAAAUGGACGAGUUGCCGUAAUCUUCUGGAAUUCCGAGCAGAUGAGCUCUCGAGAAGGUAUGUUAUUAUUAUUAUUGCUAUUAUUAUCUCCCUUGUCCACAAGUUGAUGUUCAGUUGGUAUAUUAAACAGCAACCGGACUUCUUCCAGAAAUCUAGGGUAAUUGUUUUAUAUUCUAUCAAAUGGGUUCUCUUCUCAUUGUUCACUUCUCCUUCUAAUUCAAGACCUUCCGUAGGAUAUGACAUGUUCCAAGCAAGUUCGCCUUCUGUAUCGUUUCAAAGGACACCUCGACUCCUAGAACAGCCAGAAGGCUUCUGUGUCUUGUUGUCACAGUUGCUGCGGCUCCGAUGACUAUUGGUACCACCUUCGUAUUCACCUUCCAUAUCCUUCUCAGCUCCCAUGCCAAAUCGUUAUACUUUUGUAUCUUUUCCUCUUUACGCCAAGGUCUGUGCACAGUCUCCUGGAAUCGCAAUAUCUAUGACGAGACAUUCCUUCCCCUUCUUCUUUAAGAGAACGAUGUCCAGUCGUCUAGCUUCAAUAAUGAUUGAAUAAUAAUAAUAGUAAUGAUAAUAAUCAUAAUAAUAAUUAUUCUGAUAUUUCGAUUUAACCCCAGACUAAAGUAAACUAGAGUUUUAGACCACACUUCCGCCGUGGCAUGCUGGGAUUUACAUUGGAAAAGGAAUAACGCCAUUCCUUGGCUUAACUGCUUAA